AUGAUUGCAUUAAAGAAGGCCAUGGAAAUUGGAGGAAACUUUGGAAACUUAAAAGUCCACGAACGUCUCAAGAUAUUCCUUUGGAGAGUCAUGGCUAAAGUUAUUCCCACCCGAGAGGUUAUUUUCAACAAGAUAGGAAAAGGAGAUCAAUGUUGUGUUUUUUGUGGAGUAGAGAUUGAAACAUCUUUUCAUAUCUUCAAGGAAUGUCACAGUAUUCGAAGGCUUGCCUUUGCAAGCAAAUGUGGCUGCAGGCUGGACAGUUGGGAGGUUUCUAAUAUAGAAGAACUUAUGGACUUUUGUUUUGAUCCUAAGCCAGAAGCUUGUUUCCGGAACAUGGAGGGUAGAUCAAUUUCAAUUUUCCUUGCCACUCUUUUGUAUGCUGCCUGGAACCAUAGGAAUGAGAAGAUUUUCUCCAAGAACUUCUGUAGCAGGAAUGUUGUGUUUCGUUUCAAUCGGUCGAUGGAAGAGUUUUUGGCCUCAGGGGAAGCAAAAACGGAUUCCUCCCAUUUUCUCAAGGAAAACUGGAAAGCCCCUCCGGAGGGUUGGUGGAAGAUCAACGUGGACGCUGCUUAUAUCAAUGGCCAAGCAAGAAUUGCUUUCGUUUCCAGACAUUGUAAAGGAAAUCUUCUUUCUCUUGCAUCUAAGGUGAUUAGCUAUAAUUCUCAUUUGGAAGUCGAACUUAAAGCUAUCGUCUGGGCAGCAAAUUUAGCAGCUAAUUGGAAUCAAAACAAGAUUUGCUGGUCUUCUCACUCUUCUUUGGUGGUCAAGGGCAUAUAUGAUUUGGAGGAUCAUGUAGUUUGGACUACCAGAAACGAUUUCAUUCUUCUGAGGUCUUGUUUUGCCAAUUUCAACUGGUAUAUCUCUUGCACCUCUAGGUCCUCCAAUAAGGCUGCAGACUUUCUUGCAAAAAAAGCUUUACAUGACAACUUGCUGUUUGAAUGUUAUGGUUGUUUUGAUUCUCUUCCAAGAGAACUGCUUGGAGUGGCCUCUCUUUAUAAAUCCUUCUUUAUGGAGGCUUUUUGUGCCUUUGGCAAUAAAUUUCUAUUUACCAAAAAAACCCCACUGUAA